AUGAUCAAGUUCGCUUUGGCCCUGACGCUCUGCUUGGCGGGUGCCAGCCUUUCGCUGGCCCAGCACAAUCCCCAGUGGUGGGGCAAUCGCAACACCAUCGUCCAUCUCUUCGAGUGGAAAUGGUCGGACAUUGCCGAGGAGUGCGAGACGUUCUUGGCACCGCGCGGCUUUGCCGGCGUCCAAGUGAGUCCCGUGAAUGAGAACAUCAUCUCGUCGGGUCGUCCCUGGUGGGAGAGGUAUCAGCCCAUCUCCUACAAGCUGACCACUCGCUCUGGCAAUGAGGAGGAGUUCGCUGACAUGGUUCGUCGUUGCAACGAUGUGGGUAUCCGCAUCUACGUGGACGUUCUCCUCAAUCACAUGUCCGGUGACUUUGAUGGCGUUGCCGUGGGCACAGCCGGCACUGAGGCCGAGCCUUCCAAGAAAUCUUUCCCCGGUGUGCCUUACACCGCCCAGGACUUCCAUCCCAGCUGUGAGAUCACCGAUUGGAACGAUCGCUUCCAGGUGCAGGAGUGCGAGCUGGUUGGCCUCAAGGAUCUGAAUCAGCACAGCGAUUAUGUGAGGAGCAAGCUGAUUGAGUUCCUGGAUCACCUCAUCGAGCUGGGCGUGGCCGGUUUCCGUGUGGAUGCCGCCAAGCACAUGGCCUCCGAGGAUCUGGAGUACAUCUACGGCAGUCUGAGCAACCUGAAUAUCGAUCAUGGCUUCCCCCACAAUGCCAGGCCCUUCAUCUUCCAGGAGGUGAUCGAUCAUGGUCACGAGACCGUGUCCCGUGAGGAAUACAAUGAGCUGGGUGCCGUCACCGAGUUCCGCUUCUCCGAGGAGAUCGGCAAGGCCUUCCGUGGCAACAACGCCUUGAAGUGGCUGCAGAGCUGGGGCACCGACUGGGGCUUCCUGAAGUCCGAGCAGGCCUUGACCUUUGUGGAUAACCAUGACAACCAGCGUGACAAGGGAGCCGUACUGAACUACAAGUCACCCAGGCAGUACAAGAUGGCCACCGCCUUCCAUUUGGCCUACCCCUAUGGCAUCAGUCGUGUGAUGAGCUCCUUUGCCUUCGACGAUCACGAUACUCCGCCGCCGCAGGACGCCCAGGAGAAUAUCAUUUCCCCGGAGUUCGAUGAGGAUGGAGCCUGUGUGAAUGGCUGGAUUUGCGAGCAUCGCUGGCGCCAGAUCUACGCCAUGGUGGGCUUCAAGAAUGCCGUCAGGGACACCGAGUUGCAUGGGUGGUGGGACAAUGGCGACAACCAGAUCUCCUUCUGCCGUGGCAACAAGGGCUUCCUGGCCGUCAACAACAACCUGUACGAUCUGUCCCAGGAGCUCAAUACUUGCCUUCCGGCUGGAGAGUACUGCGAUGUGAUCUCUGGCAGCCUGAUCGAUGGUGCCUGCACCGGCAAGUCCGUCACUGUGAAUGAACAUGGCUAUGGUUAUAUCCACAUCGGAUCGGAUGACUUCGAUGGUGUGCUGGCCCUGCAUGUGAAUGCCAAAGUCUAGAUCUGCAUAGAUCUAGGUUGUUCUAUUUUUUGGGUAACACAGAAAUCUGGGCUUUAUUUUUUUGUCUCAAAUUACAAUAAAAACGAACGCACAUAAUGUCCACG